AUGGGACUGAGGAAACUGCGACUAGUUUCUGAAAAGCUACAAGGCAGCAAUCCAGAAGCUACUACAACCAGGGAGAGGCUGGUGAUUUCAGGCUGGGAAUUGGAACUCAUUGGUGCCUCCUACGUUGGUAGACAGUUCACCUACAAUGGAGUCGAUUACAUUGCCCUGAACGAGGAUCCACGCUCCUGGACUGUGAGUGAUAUGGCCAAGCGCCAGCAGUACCUGGAGGGGGAGUUCAUGGAGUGGGUCUGCAGAUACCUUGAACUUGGAAAGGAAAUUCUACUGCAUGGUGAUCUUGGGCAUAUAGUCCUCUUCUCUGGACCUUAUCGACCCACUGUUACAUUAAGAAAGCGGGGCGGGCGCUCUGGGUUUGGUCCCUGGGAGACGUCGAGCAAGCGGAACCGCGGCUCCGCGGCCGGCGAGGACAACCGGAGGCUUUUCCUGGGGACACCCACCCUAGCGACGCGCGCCUCGUUGCUAGGGGCAGAGGUGCGCGAGGCUGUGGAGAGCGGAGGCUGCGGAUGCCCUCCGACCCCGCGUCCCCGCUGGCCUUAUCUCCAGCCCCGCCAGCCCACCGGUGGGUAUGGAGCCGACGUGGGAGAAGGGGGCGCAGCGGGCAGGCGGGGAGGUGGGAGCCCUUGCGCUAUCCGGGCCGCAGCCGCUCACCUGGCCGAAGCGGAGAGGAGGUGCCGAGGACGAGCCUGGGGCUGGGUGGCCCUAGGUUCCCAUUUGGGGGAAAUCCGCCCCUCACCCCUCGCAUACACAUUAAAAAUAAGCAUCAGCCGUCCGCAUAAUGGGCGGGAAGAGGAGCAUUUGUGA